AUAAAAAGCAAGUGACAGACCAAAGUGUUGUAGUCAUCCUCAUAUACUUUAAUUUCUUAAACAUCCUUUCAGCUGAGCAGGGAAUUCCGUGGUGUCUUGAAAGCAGGGACAGGCUGUCUCAAGAGAGAAGACUCUGGCUGGAGAAAGAAUGCUCAGGAUGCCCAGCUACCUCCUAAAGCUGACCAGGAUGGUGCUCAGCCACAAACCCUGUGCCCUGUUUAUCCUCAUCAUUGGGUUUGUAUCCUUUGCCUACAUCAAGUUGUACUGGGGCAUCUGGGAGGACCCAAAGAGCAGAGCCCCCACCUACGGCUUGUCUGCUGAGAUCAGCUGUGCUCACUAUGUGCCUUCUGCCCUCGACAUUGCUGGUGGGCCCUCUCCUCCCACAGGAAAUGUGUUUUUUGUGGAGACCUCAGAGCAAACUUCCCCAAGUUACCUGUUCUCGUGCUCUGUGGAGUCAGCGGCCAGGACACACCCUGCAUCAAGAGUUGUGGUGCUCAUGAAAGGUUUGGCCAAAGGGAACGCCUCCUUACCCAAGCACUGGGCUUUCUCCUUGCUGAGCUGCUUCCCCAACGUGGAAAUCCGGCCCCUAGACUUGACAGAGCUCUUUUCUGGAACACCUCUGAAAAGGUGGUACUUAUGGCCUCUGCGGCACUGGGAGCCUCAUUUUUUACCCGUCCUCUCUGACGCCUGCAGAAUCGUCCUCAUGUGGAAAUUUGGUGGCAUCUACCUGGAUACAGACUUCAUUGUGCUUAAGAACUUAGAGAACCUCACCAAUGCCCUUGGGAUUCAGGAUGACAAUGAACUGAAUGGGGCAUUUCUGUCCUUUAAGGCCAAGCACCAGUUCAUGGAGCUGUGCAUGCAGGACUUUGUGCAGAAUUACAAUGGCUGGGUCUGGGGGCACCAGGGCCCAGAGCUUCUAACUCGUGUCUUCAAGAAGUGGUGCUCCCUCGGGACUAUCAAGAGCAUGAGCUGCAAAGGUGUGAGUGCUCUUGCCCAAGAAGUUGUUUAUCCUAUUCCCUGGCAGGACUGGAAGAAGUUGUUUGAGGCAGUCAGUGCCUUGGAGCUUCAGAAACUCCUUAAGAACACCUAUGCAGUGCACAUAUGGAACAAACUGAGCCACGGGACCAAGUUGGAGAUCCCCUCCCAGGCUCUGCUGGCUCAGCUCUAUUCCCAGUUCUGCCCUGCCACCUAUGCAAAGAUGAAACAGGACUUGGAAGAGUUGUCCAGUCAUGCAGUGUGA